GAUCGGGGUGGCGAUGAACCAUUGAAAGUGGAUUUCAAGCUGCGCGCACGCACGGACGGAGGGCGGAGAUGGGCCAAUGUGGGGCCGACUGCGUGCGGGCGGCAUCGCUGGGCCACUCUUCUACGGUAACGCACCAUCACAGUAAAAUCCCACUAAAAUGCCCGCCAUCAGCUCUGCCGCUUUAAAGAUCGUCGUCGUCGUCGGUGCAGGCCCCGGCACAGGCUUUGCAAUCGCCAAACGCUUCGCCCAAGCGGGACACCCAGUCGCCCUCAUCUCCCGCUCAAAGACUCGCCUCGAAGAACUGGCGUCGGAUAUCAAUCAGCUGCAACAGGGAAAAGCAGUGGCGUAUGGCGCAGACGUCUCGCAAAAGGACAGCAUCGAUGCGGCUUUUGGCCAGAUCGAUCGCGAUUUCGGCGGCAAAGCCCGCGUAUGGGGCGCAGUCUUCAAUCCAGCUGCCAUCAGCCGAGCGCCCUUCCUAGAGACGACGGCCGAACAGCUCGAGGAGCAGUGGCAGGUCAUGACCAAGGGCGGCUUCCUCUUUGCUCAAGCCUACCUGCGAACCCUCACCGCCCAUGCAGAUUGGGCCAAGAGUCGCGAGGGGGACGAGCCAGCUGGUUUCCUAGCCGUCACGGGGGCAACGGCCUCGCUCAAGGGCUCUGCCAAUUUCUCUGCCUUUGCUUCCGCCAAGGCCGGAUUGCGCAAUAUCACGCAGAGCAUCGCCCGCGAGUACGCGUCACAAGGGGUCCACGUCUUUCACACCAUCGUCGAUGGUAUGAUCGACGGAGAGAGGGCUCGCAGCUACAUGGGAUCGGACUUUGUGCCUAACUCUCGCUUCAAGCCGGAGGAUAUCGCUGAGGCCUACUAUAGUGUGGCAACGCAGAGGAAGAGUUGCUGGACGCACGAGCUCGACAUGAGGCCCUACAGUGAAACGUGGUAGCGAGGGGCGAGUCGCGAGGUGGCGUGGAGCGAGGCGAUAACGUGGUGGCGAGACAGCACGAUGGUAUCUUGGAGGGCACGCAGAGAUA